AUGCCACAGCACGAUAGCGCCGCGUGGAACACGAUGCUGGGAGCUUACAUCCAGAGCAAUUGCCUCGUCCAAGCGCGGGAGCUCUUCACAGCCAUGCCGGUGAGAGACACAGCGAGCUGGAAUGCGAUCCUUGCCGCGAGCACUCAAAGGGGGAAUCUCUUGCAGGUCGGGAAGAUCUUCUCCACAUUGCCUGAUCGGAGCAUUGUGUCGUGGAACGCGAUGAUCCAUGGCUGCGCACAGAAUGGCCAUGAGCGAAAAGCUGCUGAGUUUUUUGGUAGCAUGGCGAUGGAGGGCGCGGCGAGAAACGAGAUAAGUUUCCAGGCGAUUCUCCUGACUUGCAAUCACGGUGGGAAGCUCCGUGUGGCACUCGACUACUUUCGAUCUAUGGUGGCCGAGUACAACAUUUCUCCAAAUGUGAUUCACUUCCAGGCGAUGGCAGAUGUGCUGGGACGAGCCGGGCUGGUUGCCGAGGCUGAAGGUCUGCUGCUGGUGAUGCCCUUCCAGCCGCAUUUCCUCGCGUGGAAGAGCUUGAUCAGCGCUUGCAAAGUUCAUGGUAGUGGCAAGAACAUCGAUGCAGCUCGUGCCGCAGAGAAACUCUUGGAGAUGAAACCAGGGGACUCUAGCGCUCUACGUGCUCAUGUCGAAUCUGCAAAAGCAGCUACGUCACAUGAGUCCAUUUGGCAGAAUGUCCAAGAGAUUGUCAAGAGCCUGCCAGUGAGAAGAGACGAUGUAGCAUUUACCACUUUGAUUAAUGUUGCGGGUGACUGGAAGCGGCCGUACUGA